AUGGGUGCUUAUAGGUACAGCCAGGAGCUGCGGAGGAAGAAGCAGGCCGAUGUCACGUGCUUCCUUCUCGGGCUGCACUGCAAGCAUCACGGCCAGCUCUCUGUGCUGCUCAGGAGCCCCGCUGCCAACCGAGCAGAUAGAGUGCACGGGCUGGGACACAAGGCCCAGCAGAGUUAUGUCACACAGCAGAUGCGUGGGUGCAGUGGCGGCCACAAACACCCUGCUCCCAAGGGUGCGACCUACAGCAAGCCCAUCCACUGUGGCGUUAGCCAGCUGAAGUCUGCUUGGAGCCUUCGGUCGGUUGCUGAGGAGCGAGCUGGACGCCUUGGGGCUCUGAGAGUCCUGAAUGCUUACUGGCUUGGUGAAGCUUCCACAAACGCUCUGAGGUUAUCCAAUUUGAUCCAUUCCACAGAGGCUGCCAGAAGGAAUCCUGACACCCAGCGGAUCACCAACCCGGUCCACAGGCACAGGGAGAGGGGAGGGCUGACAUCUGCAGGCAGCGAGAGCCCUGGCCCUGGGAAGGGCUGCAAGUUCCACCACGCCAUCGGUGGUUCUCACGGUGCAGCUUGGAAGAGACGCCGCCAGACUGUCCAGCUCCACCAUUACUGCUACUAA